CCAAAAUUGCCCAAAGAAGAAAGUGAAGAAACAUACAUGAUAAGUAAUCAGCAUACAGCCAUUCUUACCAAUGCCAAAUCAUCAACUUAAGCUACCUAAGAUUGAUUGCGUUGGAAAUGUGCUUUCAACCUUUCAGGAAAUUAUUGUUUUGGUGAUACUUCAACCUGCAUACCGUUCUGUUUGUCAGCUAUGGCGAGUUGCGUAGACCUGGUCGUCAAGAAUUAUUUACUAAUGAAAACUGUUUACCAACUCCCUUAAGACUCUUCAUAGAAAGACCACAAACAGUCGAGUAUAUAAAUACAGCAUCAUUUCAGUUCUGAACAUACUCGUUCCACUCCAUUCCUCAAUACCACCAGCCUCAUACAAUCUUCACAACCACUUCCCCAAAACAUGUCAACAUUCAAAAACAUCGCCCUCUGGGGCAUAGGCGGCCAAAACAUCGGCUCCUCCAUCCUCACCGCUCUCCUCGCAGACAACUCCUACAACCUAACAAUCAUCGCCCGCGAAUCCUCAACCUCAACCUACGCCCCCUCCCUCCCCCUCAUCCGCGUCUCCGACGACCUCUCGCACAGCAGCCUCGUCUCCGCGCUCCGCAACCAAGACGUCCUCAUCUCCGCCGUCGGCUUCGCCGGUCUCUCCUCGCAGCUCAACCUCGCGCGCGCCGCUAUCGAAGCCGGCGUAAAACGGUUCAUACCGUCCGAAUACGGAUUCGAUAAUGCGGAUCCGAAGAAUGCUGCUUUGUCGCCGAUUUUUCGGCCGAAGCAUGAGCUGGAGAAACAGUUAGUUGAGCUGGUGAAGCAGAAUCCGGGGUUCACGUGGACGGCGCUGGCGACGGGCAUUUGGCUUGAUUGGGCGCUCGAUGUCAAGUUUAUUGAUAUUGAUCCUGAAGCCCAUCAGGUGGUGUAUUGGGAUGAGGGGACGCAGGCACCGAGUAUGACGACGUUGGAGUAUACUGCGCAGGCAGUUAUCCAGGUGUUGAAACAUCCGGCGCAGUUUAGAAAUCAGCGGGUGUUUAUGGAGGCGUUUGCUGCGAGUCAGAGGGAUGUGGUGGAGGAGCUGGAGAGGGUGCAGGGGGUUGAGUAUGAGAGUCAGAGGAUUGAUGGGAGGGAGAAGGUUAGGGAAGUUAUGGGGGUCUUGGAGAAGGGGUUUGAGUUGCAGGCUGCGCUUGCGACGGUCAGGGCUGAGCUUUUUGUGGGAGAGUAUAAGGCGGAUUUUGUGAGGAGUGGGAAGGAGCCUAUUCUUGAGAGGGUGGUGGAUAUGCCGAAGAUUACGUUGAGGGAUGUUGUCAGGGAGUAUGUUGCUAGGCAUUAGAGAGAACUUGUAAUUUUACAAAGCAGGAAAU